CUGAGCAGAGAAAACCACGGCUGUUGCUCGGUUUGUUUGGUGCGGGAGACGGCUGGUUAUUCUCAGCGUUUACAGGAUUUAAGGACUAAACAGUCAACUUCGGUGUUUAUAAUACCACUUGUUCGCUCACUAACUCACAGGACAAUGAAUGGUAAGUCAACUAACGGGUCGCUGGGAGGAAUGGCCUGUAUCGAGGGUCUGCCGCCGCUGCCGAAGAGCCUGAGCGGCUUGCUGAACUCAAGCGGCGGCUCCUGGAGAGAAAUGGAGAGGAUGUACGUGAAGAAAACCAUGAUCCAGGACGACCUGAGCCGAGGCAGGAACAACGCCGACAACCUGCUGGCCAACAAGCCGGCCAACCUCGACGCUGCUCUGGCUCUGCUGCGGAAAGAGAUGGUGGGUUUGCGUCAGCAGGACAUGUCCCUGCUGUGCCAGCUGUGGUCGCUCCAUGAGUCCAUCCAGGAGUACAAGGGCAGCUGCCAGGACCUGAGCGCCGCCUCCAGCCUCAGCAUGAUGGAUAACGGCUACUUCGACGAGGAUGACGAGUAUUACCCAGAGCCUGGUGCCACCCCUACUGGAGAACAGCCGGAUGGAGAGGUUGGAGACGGGACGGCAACAAUGGCAGCGGCCAAGAAUGGGAGCAGCAGCAAAGACGACAGCUGGGACUCCUUUCACGUUACCAUCUGAGGCCUCAUUCUCAGCAUUUUUCUGCAGAUGGAUAACUUUUUUGGGGGGUUAAGAAAGACUUGAGUUAAGCUGGAGCUGAAGCCUUGUGAGAAGAAUGAACUGGUUGAUUAGAGAUAACAGCUUAUGGUGUCUCACUACCAUAACAGACUCCAGCUCGACUCUCAUCCUCCUCAGGUGAAACACACCCCUGCUUGUGCUGCAGAUCUUUUUUCUUUUUUUGCAGCGUGACCAGGAGCUUCAUCAGACUGUGGAGCUGAGGGGUCGGGUGUUUUGAUAAGCGGCUUGUUUACUCCCUUUCAAACUCAGGAGCUGAGUUGGAUUGUAUUCCAAGACUCCAUAUACUCAAAAUUAGGCAAUAUAUAUUAUUUCUUUUUAUAAACAGCUCUGCUGCUGCUUCUGUAUCAAGCGGUUUUGCUAGCCCGUCACCCUUUUUGGCAGAACAUUUUUUACAUAUUCGAAAAUAUAUGAACAAAGUUGUAUUAUUUAUUAUAUAAUAUAAAAUAAUGAGAUAUUUGC